CGCGCGAGGCAGACACAAUUGCUUGCGAUUGACAAAUUGCUUGUCGGGCCAUAUAUGGAGUUGUGCAGUCAGGUGUAAAAGAGCAAAUUAUGGUCUGCCAGGGGAUGGUGUCGUCGCUGACUUGUGGGUUGGUUGCCAUGGUGAUAGAAACAGAAAAACAAGGAAUUAGGAGGAGGGGAGGUCGUGUCGUUGGAAGGGAGUCAGUUGGUCUGCCAAUGAGCACGUGCGACGUGGCCAUGACUACACUCGACAGCACACAGCACAGCCCGACGACUGCAGAGUGGUAACAAAUCAUCUACAUGAAGCAAUAUCAGUUGGACAAGGAGAUAGCUGCCGACGAGUUUGCAUUCAGAAAUGCCAUCAGUAAGCAUAAUGCAGCCUUGUCUGUAUGCCACCAUGACAGCCGUCCUGUGGACUCUCGCUGGGAUGCCACUCUGGAGACAUCUUUAGUCAGUGUUUGUAUUCAGCCCGGGUACACGAACACCAUUCUCUUUGGAUACAAGGUUCACCUGUCCUUCUUUAAGAAACAUUUUGCAAGGAUACACGCUCCCACGAUAAACAAUAUCUUCAUGCAAGAUAAGCUUCGAAAGUUGCGGGCCCAAGCAACACGUAGACCUCUUUUCUACAGGACUCGGCAGUUCCAUGGCCACUACUCACCUGUACGUGUCUUCAGACCCAGAACGAGGCGGCGAAGUCGUUCAUCAUCGAGUGGUUCAGACUGCAGCAUCAGCCCAGACCGAAAGCGUCGUGACAGGAGCAGGGACGGCGCUGAAACCAAGAGGCGCAGACGGUCUCAUUCCCGUUCUCGGUCAUCAAGGUCCACAUCCAGAUCAGAAACACCAACCCGAUUUUCUCCAAACUCGAGCCACUCAAAGAGAUCGUCCUCCAAUGACAAGACGAGCAGCUACCCUAAUCAUGUGCGAAAAUUGUGUUCAAAGGUGACCGUAGUUGAAAACAACCAGCCAAAGAAAUUCAGUGACAGCUCGCAAUCUUCAAAGGAACGCUCACAAGAGCACAGAUCUCCGACCAGGGGAAAGCCUAGGACACAGUCGCCGAGCAAGGAUCCGUUUCUGUCAAAUUUCUCACCGGUGUCGUUUGGGAGUGAUGACGAUGCGAUGCUGAUGACCCCCACCCCGGAGCCCACAACUGACGGGGACCCCCAGGGUGGGGCAAUGUCACAGAAGGACCAAUUGGCCACCUCGUACUUUGCCAUCAAGAAGGCUGGACAGCUCACCGAGGCCUGGAUUCAAUCGGAGGGGGACUCAACACCUGAUGGUGGAGGCACCCCCUCACCCAGGGGGUCCUCCCUGGCACCCAAGCAGGCUGACAAGGAACGCCACAGCGUUUCCAGCAAGGUGGGCCCCUUCACCGAGAUCCGAGCCAUGGACCGGCCCUGGCAGCUGAAACCACUGACAGUGCAGGAUGAGUGCUCGUCAGGCAGUGCCAGCAGCAAGCACACCGAUUCAUCAUACGUCAUCAAGUCUCCGUCCAGCGGAAACGGCUCUGCAACGUCCCUCAGCAGCGAGGGCACCAUUGCGGGAAAUCAGAUAGUCAUGCAGACCAACCGGACCGAGGCUGGCUUCGUGGGCUCCCUCAGUGGCACGGCCCAAAUCCGACAACCGAGCCUUUCCUCCCCGCCCAGACCUCAACUUCAUCCUAUUCCCCAUGAGGGGACGUGGUCACCCGGAAGCAGCCGCCUCCAGAGCCCCUCAUCAAGUCUUGGGGCCACCCCACCCAAGGUCAACGGUGUCAGGAAGGGAGAAGUGAUUCAAACCAAACUAGAGAGAUUGCAAGCCAAAAAGGAGGAGAUCAUACGGGCGUACAAGCAAGAUUGUGAUACUUUUGCAACAGUUGUCAGGAUGCUGAUCAGGAAGGACCCAGAGUUAGAGCAGCGUCUUCAGCAAGCCUUGAGAGAGAAUCUCACAGAGAUAGGACAGCGUUGCGUCCAGGAAUUGCAGGAGAUGGUGGAACAGAUCAAAGAUUGAAGGGGCACUGCUCAAAGUUAAGAGCAAACUAUACUUCGGUUUUCAGUUUUUUGUACUAUGGCCGCAUCCGAAUCUCUUGUCUAGAGCUAGGCUAGGUCUUUGCUCCAUUGGAAAUGUGUGGAGAAACGUAGACAAUAGACCUAGCCAUAGCUCUGGAAGCCCGUUUCGGACACGGCCUAUGUCUCAAAAAUGAUCUACCCAAGUUCAGAUGGUGCCCAAGUCUAGAUCAGGCCCAACUUCAGAUAGGCAUGAGCUGGUCACUUCCCAUUAGGAAAUGGGACAAAUAUGAGGCCUGCCACCAAAAUGUAACCAGACUAUCGCAUAGUUUUAUCCACACAAUGGCCAAUUGGAGUCUUGAUUUAAAUCCAGGUAAUUUUGGUUUUUUUUAAUGGGGGGGUGUCACGGUUGUUAGUUGCCAUUGUUCAUGGCCUUGUGUUGUCCAGUACUGCUGUAGAUAGCCACAUCUUGUUGAAUUACUUGUAAUCACGGUCUCACUUGAGUCAAAGACAAUGACUGAGACGGAUGACAACAUCUGAGGACCUUAUCCAAUGUGUUUGUGCCUGCAAGGGAUAGUGGAGGGUUCCAUGUUUGCUGAUGAAUUCUUUGGUUCAGUGCUUUGCCCUUGAGAGUAAUGAGCCCACAACAGAUUAAACAAAAGGGCCGUUGACACCACUUUAGAAAAACUAACUUGUGAAAUCCAAAUCUGCUGCAAAAUACAGUGCACAUGAACUUUAUUUUGAAUUAUUUUCCCAUUUGAAAUUUGAAUUCUUUUAUUUUGAAGUAGAAUGUUUCCCCAAGUUUGAAUUAGUUGCCCUUUUCACCCCGGAGCAUAUAAAUGGGUUCCAGAGAAGGCAGAGAUAGUUUGGUUUCAUUUAACACAAGCCAUUUGCGUUAGGCAGCAUCGAGCUCUGUGCUUCUCUGGGAAUACUUAUGACCAUGGGUGGUAAGCAGUGUCUCAAUCCAAUGUCCAGGACUUGCGUGUUUUAUAAAUACUCAGUCGCACUAACGGAUGACCUGAUCUUGUAAUUCGUUUACCAGACGUCAGUUGACUGCUUUAACUUAAAAAACUAAAACCCUGGAAGGCUCUAGUUUUUACCAACAUGUUACGAUGGUCAGUGAAAAUGCACAGUUUUUCAUGAUCUGAUCAACUGCUUUUGCCCUGAUGGCACUGCAGUAGUAAUGUAGCCUGACCUACAUCAGGAAACGCUGUAAUCAAUGAUGCAUAUUGAAGUGAAUGAAAUGCCCCAUGUUGGGUUAGCCGUCUCUUCACAACUCAUUUUGAGUAACAACUCAUUGCGAGAAGCAGAGUGAAUACUCACGGGUGCGUUUCCUUCUGCUAAAAUUGGGGCCUCAUGUGUAAAGUAAUACUUGGGCCACAUAAUCCUGUAUUCGACAAAAUGCUUGAACACCGUGUGAUUUAUAUUGGAGGACUUUGCCAAAUUGUAAGUACUUUUCUUAAACCUAAAUCUACUCAAGAUUUUUAUGGAUGAAUUGUUUUAUGCAUACGUAAGUAGAGCAAUAAUUUUUUUUUACUCCUUGCCAGUUAGAUUUGUUCUGUUUCUUACUUUGUCUUCAACAUCUAUAAACCCUCAAGUUCUAAUUAAUGCAAAUUCUUUAGUGCAGUAGGUUAUUUUAGCAGCUGAGAUUUGUAACCUUGUAAAGAAAAAGAGAUUGGUAAAAAGGCUCCAGUAAAAAAAUGGAAUAGGCUCUUAGGUGUUGCCAGGAUGAGGGAAUAGCUUUGGGGGAGGGGAGGGGGUGAACUACCAGGAUGAGGGAAUAGCUUUGGGGGAGGGGAGGGGGUGAACUAACAGUAGUAAACUGACAAAAUGUCGGUGGUUGGGUCAGUUCUGAGGCAUGUUUGUGAUAAUUGAUUUCUGUUCUUUUGUUUCCUCGUCUCUCUCUCGUUUUUCAAAUUUUCCUGAGUGAUCCCCCCCCCAGUCUUAUGAAUACGCACCGCGUAGUUAACCCAGAAUGCUGCUCUGAAAUAGUCAAAUCUGCAGCCAAGUAGUUAAAAGCAGACUCCCUCUUGCAAAUGGCCUGUAAGAAUCAUUUUCUCCUAACACAAAAUCUGCCAAGGAGAACUUGUCUACAUGUACACUAAUGGAAAUAUCAAUGUUGUAUCAAGCACUCAGUCUUACAGUGCAAGGUUCAGACAAAUGGCCACAGGAACCAAACAGUUCCUGCCUUCCCCACCUCCCCUGACCAUGAAGAACCAUGGCAUAUUUGAACCUUUGGUCCAACAUUUUAUAGUGAAAAAAAAAGUAAAUUCAAUUCAUGUACAUAAAUUGAGGUGUUACAUAUGUGUAUAUAUUUUUGUCUUUUAUACAUGUCACAACGUUUGAUUUUUUAAAAUAUUGCUGAGUGGAGUCUCCUAUGAAAGGUUAUCAUGGACUGCGAGGCUUUCAAAAACAAAAGAAAAACAGUACUAUAGGUAAAUUGCUUUAUUUGUUUUUAUUAAGUUCUGAAAUAGUGGACACAGUAAUGAUGCAGUGUGUCGGUAGAGCUUGGUGCUGAAAUCAGAUCAGUGUAUCAAUCCACAAUUUGAAUAUUAGCCUGCUCAUGGAUAUGCAAUAUGGGACUGGCACUGAAUGAAUACUAAAUUCCGAUAACUUGGUCAGAGCAGAGAGGAAGGACACAGGAGUUUGAACUGUCUGGGCUGUAAAAGCUGGCCCAUUACCGCUUUCUAGCAUGCCCGUUAUGUCCAGAGCACGGUGAGCGCUAGCUACGCACCAUCUGUUUCACAACCACAAAACCCCUUUGUACCCUAUGAUCGCCGCCGCAAUUUGUCGCUGGUAGUCUGGUAAACUUUGUGCACUAAGGUAUAGGAAAUUGAAUGUUUAUGCAUUUGUCGGUGCUUGGUAUGAUCUCAUGACAACAUCAAAUUUAAUGCUUACGCAGUGGCUUCCAUUACGCUGUGUGCCCUAAAUCUAUAUGUGCAGUCUUUGCCCUUAUUGAGCACUUUCUUCUGGAGUAAUUUCUGGAAUAAAUAGCCCAGUUGUUUACAAGA